AUGAAAAUGCUCCGAACGAUGAUCGAAUUGGCUGGUUUCAAAUUGGGCAGUGAGAGUAUUCAAAUGCAUGUGCCACUCUCGGAUCAUUGUGCUAUUGAAGAGAUCGAAACGAAUAUUGAUGAAGUUGGAAAGGAGGAAUUCGGAUUUGCCGGCGACGACAAUGAGUCGACAUAUAGCGACUUUUCGAUUGCUAGCAGCAUCUUUGACGAUGAGCAGGAUACUUUUGUGGAGUGGAUGCAUGAUUUCGACGGUAUCGAUAGCGAGAUGUCGUUGAACUCGUUCGUUGCAGCAACAGAUAACGACUGUGUUUUUGGUGAGUUGAAAUUUUGUGAAUUUCUGUCGUGUAAUUUAUUUAUUUAUGAAGCCAAAAGUUUGUAUUGA